AUUCACGACUUAUUCAUUUCAACCCCCUUCAACACAUCGUCUGUCAACACCAACAUUUAGGUGGCCCGCAUGUCUGCAAGUAAUGCUCCCCAACCAGUGAAGCUUUCACUCCCACUCGAAUACCAACAGACUCUGUUCCAGGAGCUUCGUGCCGAAGAUGAGCUUGUCGUUAUCGCACGCGGCCUGGGGUUGAUGCGUCUUGUCAACAAUCUCCUCCAUUCGUAUGACGCCGGCGGAAACAAUUUAAUUGUUAUAGUCGCCGCUGAUGAACGAGAAAAUGGCUGGAUUGGAGAAGCAUUGGCCGAACAUGCAGCCAUCAGCAUGUCCCCGAAAGCGCGUGGCCUGACAGUCGUGAACACAGACUUUCAAAGCGUCGGCGCCAGGGAAAAGAUGUACUCUGGAGGCGGAAUCUUCAGCAUCACAUCGCGUAUUCUAGUGGUGGACCUUCUCACAGGUUUGCUGAAUCCUGAAUCAAUUACAGGUCUUAUUGUUCUUCAUGCCGAUCGCGUUGUCGCAACAUCCCUCGAGGCCUUCAUUUUGAGAGUUUACCGUCAAAAGAACAAGAUUGGGUUUCUUAAAGCCUUCUCGGAUAACCCCGAUCCCUUCACCACUGGCUUCUCGCCCUUGGCUACUAUGAUGAGGAACCUCUUUCUGCGUAAAGCCUCGCUCUGGCCUCGAUUUCAUGUCACAGUCGCGCAAUCUCUGGAAGGGAAGAAGAAGGCCGAAGUUAUCGAACUCGAAGUCCCUAUGACAGACUCGAUGCGUGAGAUUCAAAACGCCAUAAUGGAAUGUGUUGAAGUCAGUAUUCACGAGCUCAAGAAAGGUAACAGUGGCCUGGAAAUGGACGAUUGGAACCUCGACAGCGCUCUUCUCAAGAACUUUGACAUCAUGGUUCGAAGACAGUUAGAUCCCAACUGGCACCGUGUGAGCUGGAAGACGAAACAGAUUGUGAAUGACUUGACUGUUCUCAGAGCCAUGCUCAACUCUAUUCUGUCAUAUGAUGCUGUUUCGUUCCUUCAGCAUUUGGAUACCAUUCAUGCCGCUCACUCCCCGCCUCCAGGAUCGACCCGACAAACCCAAUCACCGUGGCUUUUCCUUGAUGCUGCUCAGACCAUUUUCGACACGGCAAGACGAAGAGUAUAUUCCGCUAGUGCCAAGGAUGCGGCUCGGGAAGAUAACAUCGACUCUCUAAGGCCUGUCCUCGAAGAGCUACCCAAGUGGGCGCUUCUAGCUGAGGUCCUGGAGGAAAUUGAUCGCGAUCUGUACUUUGAGCCCCCAGUUCGAGACGACUCCAACGGCACCAUCCUGAUCAUGUGCUCAAAUACCGAUACUUGCAGGCAGUUGCGAGACUUCUUACAAACCAUGCACGUCAAGCCCAAGACGGAGAAACGAUCAAGUGAGGACGAUGAAGAUGAAGACAAGCCCUCUGCAGCUUUCAUGAUGCGAAGGCGAUUAAGGAACUACUUGAAAUGGAAGAGACAAUUUGCUCAGGUCAGCGCCACUCUCUUUUCAGAGAACCAGAAGGCCCUGAAUGGAGCCACGGACACUCGUCCAGGUUUUGCAGGGUCAAGAGGCGGAAAGGCUCCUGCAAACAAGCGGCGACGAGUGCGCGGCGGGGGAAAUGUUGGCGUAAGCAUGGGUCGUGCUGAGAAUGGCAGUAUCAUGCAGUACAUUGAGAAACCGGGAGAAGUUGCCGAUCUCAUGGCUGAGGUACAGAUCACAGAAGAGGAAGCACAGCAGAAAGAAGACGUUGUAGCAGAUCCCCUCGACAACAUGGAGGAAUACUUCAAACUAUAUGAUAUGCAAGACCUAGUCGUCAUCCACGCAUAUGAUGGGGAUCAGGACGAGCAUGUCCUCGAGGAAACCAAACCGCGAUAUAUAAUUAUGUAUGAGCCGGACGCUGCCUUUAUUCGUCGAGUUGAAGUGUACCGAUCAUCGCAUAACGACAGGAACGUGAGGGUAUACUUUAUGUACUAUGGUGGCUCAGUGGAGGAGCAGAAAUACCUUUCAUCUGUUCGGCGAGAGAAAGAUGCAUUUACGAAACUCAUCAAGGAGAGAGCAAGCAUGUCCCUUGUCAUGACCGUGGACCCGGCUGAGGAUCCUGAAGAGGCUUUUCUCCGUACCGUCAACACACGUAUUGCUGGUGGUGGAAGGCUGGCAGCAACAGCUGAGCCGCCACGUGUUGUGGUAGACGUACGAGAAUUCCGAUCCUCUCUACCGUCUCUUCUCCACGGCCGCUCUAUGAUCAUUGUACCAUGCAUGCUCACAGUUGGUGAUUACAUCCUAUCACCAAAUAUCUGUGUAGAACGCAAAUCUAUCAGUGAUUUGAUCUCGUCAUUCAAGGAUGGUCGGCUCUACAGUCAAGCCGAGACUAUGUUUCAGUACUACAAAAGCGUGAUGCUGCUCAUCGAGUUUGACCAGAACAAGUCCUUCACUCUGGAGCCAUUUGCCGAUUUAUCUGGAAGCUUGAACAGUGUUGCCCCCACCAACAUGUCAUCCGACCUCCAAUCCAAGUUAGUAUUACUGACCCUGGCAUUUCCCAAGUUACGAAUCAUCUGGUCUUCGUCUCCGUACCAGACGGCCGAGAUCUUUGAGUCCCUCAAGACUCAGGAGGAAGAGCCAGAUCCGAUAGCCGCUGUCAGGGCUGGCUUGGAUAAGGAUACAAGGGCCGAGGAGCAGGCCUUUAACCAGGAGCCCCAGGAUAUGCUUGCCAUCGUGCCGGGCGUGACUCCACAAAACAUCAAAAAUCUGGUGCUCAAGACUGAGAAUAUUCGUGAAGUUGCCAACAUGACGGUCCAAGAAUUGACACCUUUGGUCGGCACAACGGCUGGACGACAGAUCCAUGGAUUCUUUAACCGCAACAUCAUGGAAGAAGACGAUUAAUACCAAGCCAAUGUCAAAGCGGUAUACAGAUACGGCCAGAUUGAAUCAAGACGUAGAAGGGAGUGAAAUAAUAAACAAUAUAAGUUGACUCGGUUU